AAAACCUGCACAGUUACCUGAUGACCAAACCUCUCCUCCAGCCCAGACCAGCACCUCAGCUGUGAGCUCAAAGCCUUCACACGUGAGAAGCUCAGUAGGUGCUCUGGAGACACUCAGUUCAAACCCCUCUCACCGGAGAGAGCUGGAUCACCCAGGAGACACAGAGAUGAAGCUGGAAUCACCGGAAUUGCUUGCAGAUCCAGUUUCAGCUGAGAUGAUGAGAGAGUGUGUGGAGAACCUUGGCCCAUACAGCCAAACCCUGGCCAACGCGGGACGAACAAUCGUGAACCACGUGAUCAGCAACUGCACCAGUGCGACUGUGAGGUCCUGGCUUCAGCAAGAGAGAAACAAUGUACUGUUUCUCAACUACGUGCGGUACAUGAAUGUGCAGUUUAAGAGCUACCAGGCCGAGAUGGAAAAGAAGCUUCAUUAUGGACUGAUCCACAUUGUGUUUGUGGCUCAUGGGAAGAUCACUGGGAAACCAGUGCCUGCCUGUUGCCUCUUACCGCUGAACUCCAUUGACCAUGUCGUCCUCUACUCUCCGUGGAACUGCUCCAUCGAUGCUAAAGCUGCAGCUGGCAUUGCACUGGGGACCAUUACCCCUGACAAGAGGGUUUUUAAUCCCGCUGAAAACACUCCAAACCCCAUACCACAGGGCUGGAAUUUCAUACGUCAAGCUGGAGAAACUCUGAUUCCAGAAAUCAUCGUGUCUCCAGUGACAAGCAAUGAACCUGUGUGGCAGAUAUUCAGUGAGAUUAAAAAUUCAGGCUUUUGGCACGAAAACCGCCUCCUUAUCCCGUACGUUGUCCAAGAGGAGAACUCGUACUUAUCACCAGAAAUCCCACUCCACCUCCUUCUCCUCGCCCUGUCUUGUGCUCUUCCAGUCUCGGUGAAGAUCAGGUUCCACUUGGCUGCAUGUCUGAAUCGCACGGAAGAUGUAACAGACCGGCAGAUGCUGCAGCAGUAUGCCUGGACACCUGACCGCACCGUCAUGUCCGCAAAUUUAGACCAAACCAUCCAAAACCCAAGGCUAUUCGAAGCGUUUCAGUCCAUGUUUGGUGUCGCUGGCUGACGCACUUUUUACACAGC